UCCGGCACGGCCAUGGCGGAGCCGACAGGGCCGUUUUAUCUGCUCCGAGCCGGGACGGGCCAAUUCCUCUGCUACUGGGGAUCCGACGGCACCGUUUAUGUGACCGACGCGAUGGAGGUGUGGGCCGGGGAGUUCGGCGGCUGCCCGGCGCUUGCUGGUCGGUGCCCGCCGGAGGAGCACGGCGCGAUGCUCAGGGCCGGUCUGGGUCGCGGGGCCGCCGCGCUGAGCCUGGGCCGGGGUUCGGCCACGCUGCAGCUGCCGGAGGAGCCGCGGUGCCCCGCCCUGGCCCUCACCCAGCUCCCCGCCGCCGAGGCGUGCAGCCAGCUGCAGGCGCUGGUGUUCGGCAUGGCCGGCUGCAUCGAGAGCCUGGAGAGGCGCCUGGAAGUAGCAGUGGAGACGUUAGCAUCUUCCUGCAGCCCUGAGAAGAACACUGCCCGGAGCCAGCAGCUCUUCCUGCCAGACCCCAGCCCCAGGAAGAGUAGGGCUUCUGACUUGGCUUUGCCAGCUAAAAGGAAAGUCCCAGGGGAGUCUCUCAUUAACCCUGGUUUCAAAAGCAAGAAGGCACCAUCUGGAGUGAAUUUUGAGGACUCCUGAUGGGUGCUGUCCUGUACCCUGAUGACAGCCCUGUGGACCUCUGUGUCUAAACAAUGAGGCGUCCCUGUUGUUCCAGACCUGCUGAGCUCCUUGACCCAGGGAGACAGCCAGAGGCAGCAGUACUUGGCAGCCACCCCUCAGAUGGGGAGGACGGAUGGAGCAGAGGGGACACCAGCAUUGUGUGUUUUUCUCCUGCAGCUCUUCUCUACUGGCAGGGACCAGCUCCUGACCUCACUUACCAUGAACUGGUGGAGUUUUGGAUUAAGCUUUGAUACUGUGGAAUGGAAAGAUCACCUGUGCUUUGCUUCUGGCCAGUAAAGUGUUUUUAGCCAGCUGGUA